CCACUGUCAACUAAGCACUAUUGCGCAUGCGUUGAUCAACCAGUAACCUAAAUGUAUUCUGGGUGAGGAUUGUGUAGUGGAAAUAAUAGGUCGCCAUAUUUACAUGCCUCAUCCAUUGGCCAUAUAUAUAGUGGGAGAAUGGAGCGACUAGCAUCGCCAUGGAAACUACGGGGAAACAGACUUAGCUUACCUCAAAAUCUAUGCAUAUAUCCAUGCUCCUGAGCCUUGGGACGCCCACUGACUUGAAAGACUGCGCAGUUUGACUAAUUUUAUCACAUAGCACCUGGUCUCUGAAACAUCCACGGUCCCUCAACCUAGGGUAAUACACAUCUGUGUAAUGUGUGGCGCAGCAAAUCCCACAUCUUAAGUAUGGUUUGCUGGUCUGUUCGCCAGCGCAAUGGCCAAAAUAGCCUCUUGCUGACUAAUCAAUGUUAGAAGAGCAUUCACGUUAUAACCGGCCAUGGUCGUCUCCGUUGAAGAGGUUGCUUCUUCCCUUGUACGGGAAUAUCUGAGUCGAAAGGGACUUAAAAGGACGAUUGCUUGUAUGGACGAGGAGCAUCCACGCACUGAGGCCAGUAUCAACAACAGAUCCCACCUGAGGCAGAUUCUCAACAUGGAGAGUCUCUAUAGAAAGAAUAAGGUUCAGGCCUCCCCUCUGAAAACAUUACUGGAGAUAAUUAUAAAGCAUCACAUCGAGGGCCUUACCAAUGACAAGAUCAGCAGUGAAAAUGAUCCUCUGAAGUCUGCCCUGACUGUCAGUUCCACUGCUAAUUCUGCAGUAAUGCAAUUAGCAACAAAGAUGAAUGACACAAAGACAGAUAAAAGAGCUUUUUUCAUUAGCAAGCACACAAAAAUAAGGUCUGAUGUGGAAGAAAUCUUCCCUUCUCGGUGUUCUUUAUUGCCUAAGACAGAUGGACUGUCCAUUAAUCAAAUGGGUUUCUGUGCCAGUGACUCAGAAGUUCAAAAGGGACAGCCGCUGAUGGUUUCUGUACAGGACACUGAGAGCUUGAUCGGGAGAGAGCCAGAAAAAAAGACUCUUGUGACUCAGAGUAACCAGAGGAGCAGAACUGGUCGAAUUAGACGUGGCAUGAUGACUGGACCUAUAGCUAGUAUACCUCAGGAAUUGAGCAAAAAAAGGCAGAGUCGAAGAGUAGAGGGGGCUGAGCUACUGCUUAGAAAAGAAGCGGAAAGCAGUCAGUCUAGAGAGGGGCUUUUGGAGCCUGCCUUACACCAAAAAAGUUUAGAAAGCGGCCUAACUGAAAUUAGCUCAGCUGACUGCAUAGGAGGGAGAUGGGAGUCAUGGAGUGCACCAGAGAGAAUGCAAAGUGAAAUCAGCUUUGAAAAAGUGGGGCAAAACAUACGGAAGACAACAAAAGUAAGGACCAGGCCUAUCGUGGCUGGCUUGGAUAUGUCUGAAAUGGUUUUAGAUGAUAUUGAUGAUGAUAAUGAUGAUCUGCCAGAUCUCCCCAAAGUGUCCUGUCAGAGAACCAUUGAAGAGCACAGCUAUGCAGGCUGUCCAAUGGACCAGCACACUGCCAUGGAACUGAAAGCAGUUCUUCUUGGUUCCAGCCUAAAUUGUUUCAGUGCUGAAUGGAGGAAUCAGGGUUUCACAUUUUCAGAAACACAUGACCUCAGAUAUGGAAUUGUGCAGAAAAAGGGUGGCCCUUGUGGAGUUCUGGCAUCAAUCCAAGCCUUUGUUCUUAAGAAACUGCUGUUUGAAACAAGUGAAAACAGUAAUACAGGCCUUCAGAGGCUAAGACCUUCUAACACCACCAGAAGAAAGUGUCUUGUUUUAGCUGUGGCUGAAAUCUUGUGGAGGGCUGGUGAGGAAAGACAAGCUACAGUUUCAAUAAUUUCAGGCAGAAAUCAUUUCACCCCAACAGGACACUACAAAUCUGAGGGAGUACUUGAAAAGGUAACAUGCUUCACUGUGGACAGUAUCAAGGAUGUGCAGCUGCUUCUUGAGCAGCAUAUUGAGCAGUUUGAGACCGGGGUGUUAGGAUGCAUACUGCUUACCAUAUCUGCUGUUCUCUCUCGAUCGAUUGAGAGAAUAAGAGAGGACAUGGAUGUGCCCACCACCACACUUAUCGGAGCCCAUGGCUACUGCACUCAGGAGCUGGUCAACUUGUUGCUCUGUGGCAGAGCAGUUUCUAAUGUUUUUGACAAUGACAUGGAGUUAGACUCAGGCAAUGGCAUCAUGACUUUACUCAAGGGAAUCAAAAGCCAAUGUGAUGUUGGCCUGCUGUCCUUGUUUGAACAUUACAACAUCUGCAAAGUAGGAGCCUACCUGAAAACUCCCCGUUACCCUAUCUGGGUGGUGUGCAGUGAAAGCCACUUCAGUGUGCUGUUUGGCCUGCAGAGGGGGCUGUUGACCAAUUCGGAGAAAGACCUGGAAUUUGACUUGUACUAUUAUGACUGACUAGCCAAUCAACAGGAGGAGAUCCGUCUCACUGUCUCUGUUGGCAAAUUGGCCACGAGCUGUCAGGAUGCUGACACUGAUCUCAUUCCUCCACUAGAGCACUGUAUCCGAACAAGGUGGAAAGAUGCAUUUGUCAAUUGGAAUGACACAGAGCCUAUUCUCUGAUCAGAUGGUUUGAUGUUAUUUUAAUUAUGGUUAGGGGCAUUAUCUAACUAUCACCAUUUUUGCUUCACCAGUACAGUUAUUUUAGCAUAUACUCUUAUUUUCUGCAUAUUCUGUGUUUUUUCAUAUU